AGAUGUUGAAGGAGUUGAACCAACAGCGCAGAACGAAAGAGUUUACAGACCUGAAAAUAAUUGUUGAAGGCAAAGAGUUUGAAGUCCACCAAAAUGUUCUAGCUUCCUGCAGCCUUUAUUUCAAGGACCUGGUGAAAAGGUUUGCCUUCCCUUCCCCACCAGCUGUUGAUCCAAUCUGUUCUUUUUGUAGGGCGCAUUUGUGUUGCUUUUCCCCCUAUCCCCCCUUUCUCUGUUGCAGGUGUGUGAAGACUUUGGUUCCUAUCACAGGGCCAGCAGCCACCCACUCCUUCCUCCUUCUCCUUCUCCUGCUCCAAAUGAAUGUAUCACUAAAACCAUUUAAUGGAAAAGGUUACCCUAUCUAAAGUCUUUACCUUUUCCUCCCCAUAGAGACAAUUAACCAUAUUUACAGUUUGAUGAGCAGGGAAAACGUUCCAUGACUGGGGGGAUCUUUUAGAGACUACUGUAGGGGGCUUUAACCCAUCUAAACAAUAACACAUUAUGCUCUUUGGGGUGGUAAUUAUGCCAAAGCAACAGUGUGUCAUAUGGGAUGUAGUAGGGAGGGGUUUUAUCUCUAAGCUACCUUAUUUCUGCGUCUGUCUGGAGCGUUUGAAGAGAGAACAUCCUUUCAUGUGCAAAUGGUUGGGAGUUUACCGUUAGUUCAUUGAAGAGAUGGGGAAGCUUCAGUUGCAAGCAAAGGACAAAGCAGACCGAGGCACAUCUCUCACUGCUAUGCUUUACCCAACCAUUACUUUCACAGGUUAACGCCAUUCUCCAUUAAUGUAUUCAUUUGAACUGGAUUGAAGUAUUUCCUCAUUACUCGAUCCUUCACGUCUCUGGGCUGUUUUGGUUCUAUAUGGUGCUAGUAUGUGUUUCUUGGUUGUGUUUGAGAAGAGUGUGUGUGAGAGAGUAGUGGUGUGUUAUUUUCUUCACGCUGAGGCAAAGCCCUCUCCUAAUAUCCUCACCCUGUCUUCAGAUCCUUGCAGGUGCUUGUCAACUUGAUUCAGACAGAGCCCCGGAACCAAUGUUUUCUCGUCUCCUUGACAUGUUUGUUUUCCUGUGCACUGCUCACAGACAGACAGAACAGACAGACAGACUGAACCAAUGGAAACUGUAGCGAGAGAGACUGUAUAUUACAAUAGGAAGCUCUAGUCUAAAGUGUGCCUGCUAGUUGCCCUGCAGCUAUGCAGGCUCUCCUGUGAGAUCAGAGGACGCCACGCUGCUUAUCAGACAUAGAGGUGAGCCAUCCAUCUAGUGAGCUAGCCAGGAAAUGCUUUGUGUGUGUCAGUCACACCAGCAAGCACAACACACAGGCCAGAAGAACACACAUUCUCACACACACACACAAGUUUGUUUCUGCUCAAUGGAGAUAUGUACUGAGAAUAGUGAACACAAGCCCUCUCCCAACCCCACGCAGGGUCCCCAGAAAGACACACAGUCCCCAUAGGAAUGUCAAUUUUAUCAGGUUACGUUCAUCUGACUGCCUGCCUGCAUUCUGAUAUUGUACUGGUUAAAUGUGGCUGCUUGACAGAGCAAAUUCUCAUUAAGUGUAUAAUUAAUUGUAAAAGGGCCUUAAUUUGUCAUAACGCAGGCCUUUCUCAUCUAGACUAAAUCAAAAAUAGAAUUUAACUGUACAGUUAGUGGAAUAUAUUACAUGAAUAUGUUAUACUAAUUAAUACGUUUAAUUUGCAUAAUCGUCUAAUUAUUAACCGUAUAGGUUGUCAACCUUUUUGACAUGAUAAAGUUCUAAGAAUUUAUCAUACAUGUACAGUAAAAGUCAAUAACUGCUGUUGACUUAAUAAGGCACGUGGCACCUCUCGGUUUUAUUGUGGUGUUUACUGGAGAACACAACACUGAGAUGGAGGGAGGGAGACGUGCCGUUUUAACCCUGGCUGUCUGAGGUGUUGUGCUGUCAGGCAAGGUGUCACUGGGUUGGUUAAAGCAGAGUGGGAGAGCAGAUCCCAGCUGAGUUACAGCCUCUCUGUGCCAUUCAGGUCACUCUCCAGAGAGUGUGGAAUUAUGCUGAUGCCACGCAUGCCCCGCACUCCGUCCAGAUCCUUGAGGUCGAAUGAGAGAGAAACACCCUCUAUGCUGUGCAGCCCACUAGCCCCACUGUGCAGAGGUAUUCACUGUUGUCAUAACUCAAUAUCAGCGCCUCAUAAACUGCCACUGUGUGUGUGAGAGAGGCGCAGGCCCAUAACUCUCGGGUGUUCUCCAGGCAGCCAGCCAUCACUCAGAAAGAGUAGAGAUGGAAUAUCAGAGGGUGAGCGAGUGGAGAGUGCAUGUCGCUGCUUAUUUACACUUACACACACACACAUUCACACUUACACACACAAUAAAUUUGUUUCCGUGAAGUUGAAAAGUAAUGAUGCAAAUUCUUGUUUACAUUCACAGUCAUUUUCAUUUAGUAGGUUGUGUAUACAGUUAAGAAAUAGAUUAGUAAAUUACAAAGCAAUAAAGCACCAUAUCUUUAGAAAAUGGUUUUAAAAUAUAUAUUUAUGUGAUUUAUAGUCGAGUCAUUAAAUUUACAGUAUGUGAGUUUAAGAGAUGUGUUUUCUGUAUCAUACCCAGGCUAUUUCCUGUUAAGUAAAAAAAUAAAAAAUAGAUCAUAAUAUUUAGAAUGGUUUCAAUAUUUCAUGUUAUAAAAAGCUAAUUUAUAAUCAGUUCCCUGAAAGGAUCAGAGAAAUUAGAUGAUGAUAGAUGAAUAGCAAUGAAUGAUUAUCGCUAAAAGAUGAAACCACUACAGAUGUUAAAAAUGUCCAUCCAGUUUAACUGCUGAUAUCUGCAAUCUCAUUAAUUUUAUGUAAAUCAUAAGAAAAUCCUCAUUUUUUUAUGUUGCAUUUCCCACCCUUGUAGACUAUAAUAUUGUAUUUCAAUAAAAUCUUAAAGUAACUCUCACCUCACUCUGUCUGAAGUACAAGUCUGCAGAGUUGAUGUACUGUACUGACCCUGCUACCUGAAAGAGGUAAUACAGCGACAGAAUGUGCAUGCACGCACGUCUGGCACUCACACACCAAAAACCUAUCACCUCCCUUUAGAGCAGUGGUAUUCAAAAUGUAACAAAAAAAACCCACAUACAUUAGGAGUUACAGAUUAUUGUAUGGGACAAUCUACUGAACAAAGAUAUAAAAGCAACAAUUUCAACGAUUUUACUGAGUUACAGUUCCUAUAAGGAAAUCAGUCAAUUGAAACAAAUUAAUUACGCCUUAAUCCAUUGAUUUCACAUGACUGGGCAGGGGUGCAGCCAUGUGUGAGCCUGGGAGGGCAUAGGCCCACCCACUUGGGAGCCAGGCACCCUCACUGGUGAGACUGGCCCAGCCUAUCGGAAUGAGUUUUCCAGACAAAAGGGCUUUAUUACAGACAGAAACAAUCAGUUUCAUCAGCUGUCUCAGACGGUCCAGCAGGUGAAGAAGCCUUAUGUGGAGGUCCUGGGCUGGCAUGGUUACACGUGGUCUGCAGUUGAGGCCAGUUGGAAGUACUGCCAAAUUCUCUAAAACAACGUUGGAGGUGGCUUAUGGUAGAGAAAUGAACAUUCAAUUAUCUGACAACCGCUCUUGUGGACAUUCUGCAGUCAGCAUGCCAAUUGCACGCUCCCUCAAAUAAAUUAUUGGGAAAAAUGGGAUUCUGAGAAAUUUGGACGGAAAUAAUGGGGUCCCUGCUGAAAAAGUUUGAAUACCACUGCUUUUGAGGCUGCUGCUGCUGCUCAGCCCAUAAAGACCACACACACACACACACACACACACACACACACACAGAGAGAGACCCCCGAUCAUCCCCAGUAAUUCAAUUUUCCCCCUCUGGAGUUUCGAUAAGAAUGCUCUGUACACCCUUAAUUUAUGGGCACAGUGCAUCUGGUGCAGCUCGGUGGCAGGGCCUAAUGUAAAAGCACACACUCUCUGAGCAGUCCUGACACACCAGAGCUUUGUUCUGUUUGUUGCCUUUUUUCUCUCUUUGUCUUCAUAUGCUUCCCACUCUCCCAGGCCAGAGUCUACGACUGGAAGAGAAGAGUAGAGAGUGGUACUAAAACUUUUACGGUCUUUGUCAACAUGCUCUCUGGGUGGUAAAAUCCCCCAGCUGAGAUUCUAGUGAGCUCUUACUGUUCCCUUACUACUGUCCUGUGUCAGAUAGACAGUAUGCGUUACAGUCUACCCAGCAGGCAAAACUGAAAUACGUUGAAACAACGUCAUUACAGCCAGUUCAUAAGCAGAAUGACUUCAUUCUAACCAGCUUUGCCUGCUGGGUGCAGUACUGCGUGCUGCUCUGCAUCACUGUAAACCAUAUGGGCACAGCAGUGGAAAGCAUAAUCAAACCUAGAAACUUAUGAUGGACCCUCAGAUCAACAGCUCAGUGUAGACAAGUUUGAACAAGGAUUCUUUCCUCCCCAUCCUAUGUCUCUACAGAAGCGGUGGUAAUAAUAAUAGUCCAAAAUAAAGGAACUGGCCUUUUUAAAAUAAUUGUACAUUUUAUUCUCUCAUACAGCAGCAUUUACUCCCUCAAUGCUUUGCUCUUAAGACCAAAAACAGCAGUUUGUCCAGCUCAGGAUAUGAUUCUGAACCUCCGUGCCCACAGACUACUAGCUGUGACACUCUGUGGCCGCUCAAAACACACUUAUGGUGCUUUUCCACUGAGACUUACCCCCACACCAGCUCGAGUGUUAUCGUGUUUUCAUCAUGAGUGUGACACUAAAGAUUUGUGAGCAGAAUCAACAACCUCUGCAUCAUUCAAGACUGUUGCUUUGUGAGAAUGUCUUAAAGUUCACAGUUUGCCAUUGUUAUGUAAAUGAGGCUUAAAAGUAUCCAGGGCCUUGCCUUGGCUUCAAGUCAGAGCAGGUCCACCGGCGCCAUUGACCCAGUGAGACACGGGUGCCGGCCCGCAUAGAUGGAAACAGAAAAGUCUGAGCCUUUUGGGUAAAACACUGGGGUAAAUCCUCAGUGGAAAUGAGCCAUUAUAAUACCGAUGUAAGUACUGGUUCUCUUUGUGUGGCUUGAAGCCUCCAAUAUGAAAGAACAAGCAGAAACAACUACUAACUUUGUCAAGCGAUCAGGCACUCUUAUCUAUGUUGAAUCCAUGUUUGAUUUUUCUUUUUUCUUGAUGAUAGAAUAAACAAACAAGUAACAUUUUGUUUUCUCCCAGAAAAUAUUAUAUUUAGGAUGGGCAUAGAUUCCACUGAGCACACAGAGUAAAAUGUCUGCGGGAAUCAGGGCUGAAAUGUCAUUUUAGAUAACAUGAUCAAUGCGUUCCCUGUAAAAUAGUACUUUAACAGGACACAUUAGAAACCCAUAUAUGGCAUCAUCUUUUUCUCCUCCCCUUUCUGACAGUCUAUGCUGAAUUAAAGACUCUUUCCCCGGAAAAUAUAUUGAUGCAUUUUUCAUAAACCGAUUCCUCUCUGUCUCCCUAUCGCUCCUUUUUUACUUCCCCCCUCUCUCUCCCUUUCUCUCCCUCUUUUACAUUCUAAAAAAACAAGUCUGCAAUCAGAUGCAGCAGUAUAAACAGCCACCUCUGUGAGAAGAAGCGGAAAGCACAUUUCUAUAACAAAAACACUCAGACAAAACAAAUUGCCACUUGAGCCGAUUCCCAUUGCACUAAUUGAUUGACCUGGUUGAUGAGCAUGCUGUUGUUUUUUUAUUUUCUCUUUUAUUUCUUUUCUCUUCCCCGCCAUCGCUUAACCCUGGACUACACCCCCAACCUCCCCCCUCCUUCCCCCUUUUUUCUAGCUUUAAUACUGCCAUAGCAUAGGGCGGGAAGGUAAUAACAUAACAACACUAUGGCUUUUUGCUUUGCAGGAGAAAAAUAAAGUUUUGAUAUAUUAUAACUGUCUUGGUCUUUCCAGCCUCCAUAUGUCCGUCCAUGCAGAGACAGAUCCCCAUUGUCUUAUUUAUUUUUUUGCGUUGUCCUUCUCCCCUUCUCUCACCUCCUAAGAUGGCUCAAUGACCACUAAUGUCUACUACGUUCAUAUUCAGGCAUACAGGAUACUGGUGAAUGUGGCAGCGAGCUGGGGGCAGAGGCUUGGGGGCUUUGGGUUUAGGUGUGGUGGGGGGGGGCAGGGAGGGAUCUCUUAUUUAAAAGACCCAGGAACAGUCAUGGAACAUGGAACCCCCCCCCCCCCUCCCCUCUCAAAUCCCCCUCUGAAGGAUGGCUGCUGGUCCCUGUGGAAGAACCAACCCUCUUCCCCCCUCUCUCUCUCCCUCCCUCCUUCCUCUUCACUCUAACCAUUCUACCCAUAUGUCUGUCUGUGUGUCCGUCUGUCUGCAUCUCGCAUCAACCACUAUGACUGAGUGUAUGCUCUGUAAAAGCUCCCCUUAUUGAGUCUCACACCAACCCAGUAGGAGACAGUAACACUUGAAACAGACAGACACAGAGCAUUAUGCAGUGUGACCAACAGGAGGAGAACACACCCCAUCCAUCUCAAUCCUUGGUAGUUGUCAUAUUGUUUAUGUCCACAGCCCUCGGGGGAAGGACACAGUAUCUCACACUUUAUUCUGGGGCAUUGGUUCUGUUUAUUUUGCCCUUGACUAGAUAAUGUUGUGUCACAUGGGACAUUAAACGCGGGUGGCGAGGCGUAACUUAACACUUCUAUAAACCCCCGGAAAUUUCCAAAACUUAAACUAAUCACAGAGGACUAUACGUUAGCUACAGAUAUCCCAUUCUGUUGCAAUGCCCAUACAAGCCACCCAGCGCCUCAGUAUGUAGUUCUGAUAUACAACACAGGAUAGCAAUACAUUAUAGUAGUAUUGGGAGCAACAGCAGGCUAGCAUUCAAACAUACCACAGCUAACAUAGCUUGAGGUCUUCCGUUACAAUAGGGUUGAAACAUCAGACCGUUAACAUACCUAGGGAUCUUCCAUCUAUCAGUGCAUGUGUGGUUAUAUCACCUCUUCCUCUCGGUCUUCUGUCUCCCACUAUCCUGUAUGCAUCUCCUUGAAUAUCUGCAUACAUGAGAACACAUGUCAAAGCAUGCCUUUUGGAUAUUAAUUUGCCUUGAUAAAGACAAAGCAGUCCCUUGUGCUUUCCUAAUCCUUGUCUUGAGAGAACUAUUUUCUUUCAGAUGGAGCACAAACAAACAUAACUGUGUACUGUUACAAACCCUAGUGGCUUACUGUAAAACCAAGACCAAACAGAAUUUCUCUACCUUCCCCCUUUCUACUGUAUUCUAUUGUGUUGUAUUGAUUCUGUUAUUUCACCCUUUUCUAUUGAUGCAGGUUGUGUGUUUGUACGUGUGUGUGUGUGUGUGUGUGCGCGUGUGUAGCCCUAGUCCUAGGUGUGUGUGCGUCUCUUCAGUGUCUAACUCCUGUCUCUACCGUGGUUGGUUGGUCAGGUCAUCUGGGGAGACCAGGAGUGGAGAAAAGCUAGAGCUGCAGAUGAGCAACAUUGGAGCUGACGUGUUGGAGCUGCUGCUGGAGUUUGUCUACACAGGUUCUCUGGUUAUAGACUCCGCUAACGCCAGGACACUGCUAGAGGCUGCCAACAAGUUCCAAUUCAACACCUUCUGCAAAGUCUGUGUGUCCUUCCUAGGUAUGUAGCUAUGGCACUGGGUGUGUGUUUGGGGGGGAGGCGGGGUGUGGUGUGUGUCUCAUCACACUAAGCCUGAGUUUCCGUCGUUGGCGCAUUGUCCCUCACACCCUUGCUGUCAGGUGUCCAAAGUUUCCACCGGAGUAAAAAAAGAGUUGCUUUCUAAACACCCAGAGCUUGGCUCGUUCUUAACCCUUUAUACCUCAUACCGCCUUUUUCUUUAUAUCUGAAAGGUCUAGACAGUAACAGACGCAGGACAUUUAUUUCCGCUUCUGGACCUAGUGAUCUUUGUAGUAUUUUCUCUAUAGUUGUCGCUGUCUGUGUAAACAUCACCUUUCAUCUUGCCGGCUUUGGCAUGCAUUAAAUUAUGAUCAUUCUGUUUUCGUCCAACAUCAAACUUGUCAUUAUGAAAAGUAUACUGAACAAAAAUAUAAAAGCAACAUGCAACAAUUUAAAUGAUUUUACUGAAUUACAGUUCAUAUAAGGAAAUCAGUCAAUUGAAAUAAAUGUAUUAGGCCCUAAUCUAUGGACUGGGCUGGGGCUAUCUGGCUAGCCAGCUUAUAAUUACCAGAACAUACACUACCGGUCAAAAGUUUUAGAACACCUACUCAUUCAAGGGUUUUUCUUUAUUUUUACUAUUUUCUACAUUGUAGAAUAAUAGUGAAGACAUCAACACUAUGAAAUAACACACAUGGAAUCAUGUAGUAACUAAAAAAGUGUUAAACAAAUCAAAAAUAUUUUUUAUAUUUAAGAUUCUUCAAAGUAGCCACCCUUUGCCUUGAUGACAGCUUUGCACACUCUUUGCAUUCUCUCAACCAGCUUCAUGAGGUAGUCACCUGUAAUGCAUUUCAAUUAACAGGUGUGCCUUGUUAAAAGUUAAUUUGUGGAAUUUCUUUCCUUAAUGUAUUUGAGCCAAUCAGUUGUAUUGUGACAAGGUAGGGGUGGUAUACAGAAGAUAGCCCUAUUUGGUAAAAUACCAAGUCCAAACCACCUCAAGAUAAAAACAUAAUAUUCAAAAUCACUAAGUUAGACUAAUGAUUAGCAUUUCAUAAAUUCGCAGUUAAUAUAAUUCAAUCUGGAUAAUAACACAAAACAGAUCAUAAGGCUAGAGAAAUAUAUCGACAAAUAUUACAACACACAACACCAAAACAUGGCGGAAGAUAAGUGAGGAGAGCCGAUCCCCAAGAGAAAACGCGACUCGUCGACUGAUACCAGACCCAAUGGUGAAAAGCAUAUAUCAUCUGUAAGUGUGGAAAGCGACCUGUUGAAGUUGAUAAAUGACAAAUUGGGCAUACUAGAAUUGGUCAGUAAGGACGUAAAAGAGUUGAAAGCGAGUCUUCAAAUGAGUGACGAAAAAGCUUUGGUAAUGGAGAAAGAAACCAAAAAAUGAAAGUGACAGUCUCUAAGAUGGAAACAGACUUAAAAAGGAGAACAACCUUCUGAAAGAAGCCUUACUAGACAUCCAAACUAGAUUGAUGAGAGAAAAUCUAGUACUUACGGGUAUUCAGGAAAAGGAGGGAGAAAUAACAGAGAAAAUUAUGAAGGACUUCCUGCAUACAGCGCUACAAAUCCCACUCGAGGCUGUCGAUAAAAUCCAACUCGAACGUGUACACUGUUUCGGAAAAAGAGGACAGAAAUAUGAGCGCCCAAUCGUUGCCAAAUUUGAAUUUUUUAAGGAUAAAGCAAUGGUUAAAAGACUAGGGAAAAGACUUGCUGGCAUGAAAAUAGGCAUGAAUGAUCAGUUCCCGAGGGAGAUUGCAGAAAGGCGCAAAGUUCUGUAUCCAAUCUUCAAGGAAAACAGAUGAAAAGGGAAACAUGUUGCACUCGAGGUGGAUAAACUGUAUAUCAACAACCAAAUGUUCAGAGACACAAAGACUACUCCAUGGCUAUUCUAAAAGUAAUUAGGGGGGGGGGGGGGUUUGGGAUGGACCACGGGAAUUAUCUGCUUGGAUAAUAAUUGCUUGUCAAUAAAUUAAAUGUAAUACAAUGGCAAUCCGGGUUGUAUGUUAAAAUCAUACGCAUGAACUGCCAACAUUAUUACGCAUAUUAAUUGAAAAUGAUGGGAAAUAGGAUAUGCAUAAUUUUUUAAAAAUAGUUUAUAUCUAGAGGUGACAGCAUUGGAAAUGCUUUUGGCGGUUAAUCUGCUUCUGUUUUGUGGGUGGCACUGUGUGCUGUUUUCGAUGGAUGGGUCCUGGCCUCUCGGACCCUUAGGGAUACGGAGGGACGUGGGUGGGAUGCCGAUCACCGGGAUGACUGCUCAACUUGGGAUGGGGAGGGGCUUUAGCGGGUUAGUGGAGAACAAUUGAAGGGUUACUCGGUAGCAAUGCAAAUAUCACGGUACAGCUAUAUGGACACUCAAUCAUUACGGUACUUUUUUAUUGGUAAAUUUACAAACAUAUAUAAUGAUAAAUAGACUUGAAACUUGUAUCUCAUUAUGGUGUAUUGUGAAAUAAGUAUAGCCAGUUAUAAUUGUAAUGGCUUAGCUGAUAAUAACAAAAGAAGAACAAUAUUUACAUGGCUCAAAGAGAAGGAAUAUAAUAUCUAUUGUAUACUGGAAACUCAUUCAACAAUUCGAGAUUAAGUUGCGUGGAAAAAGGAAGGGGGGGGGGGGGGGGAAUGUACUUCUCCCAUGGGCAAAGAAAUUCAAAAGGGGUGAUGAUAUUAAUUAAUAGUAAUUUCGAUCCGAAUGUGCAAAUUGUCCAAAUAGAUACGCAAGGUAGAUGGAUUAUUUUAAAUAUGUUAUUGGACCAUAAACAGAUAUGGCUCAUUAACCUUUACGGACCAAAUAAUGAUGAUCCACACUUCUUUGACAAUAUAUAUAAUAAAUGAUCAACCCUGCAAGCAAUUCAAGACAAUAUUAUUAUGGUGGGGGAUUAUAAUACUGUUUUAAAUAGCUCAAUGGACCGUAAAGGAAAUCACACCACAAACAAUCACCCACAUGCUCUUUAGGAAAUUGUGAAUGUCAUGGAUACAUUAGAAGUAGUAGAUAUAUGGAGGCUUAAAUAUACUGAUCUAGUGAGAUAUACAUGGCGGAGACUCAAUCAAGCUAGUCGUAUUGACUUCUUUCUUAUCUCAUUCUCGUUGGCACCAAAAGUUUAAAAAGUGUUGAUAGGGGACAGAAUGCGGUCGGACCAUCAUAUAAUUAGCAUAUACAUUACUCUUACUGAAUUUCCACGUGGGCGAGGAUAUUGGAAAUGUAAUCAAAGCCUAUUGGAUGAUAAUUUAUUUAUAAUUAGAACAAAGGAAUUUAUAACUGACUUUUUCCGACAUAACAUAGGUACAGCAAAUCCACUUAUUGUAUGGGACACCUUUAAAUGUGCCUUUAGAGGCCAUGCAAUUCAGUACUCAUCUCGAAAACAAAAGCAAUUUAGGUCAAAAGAGUUUAUACAGUGAGGGAAAAAAGUAUUUGAUCCCCUGCUGAUUUUGUGCGUUUGCUCACUGACAAAGAAAUGAUCAGUCUAAUUUUAAUGGUAGGUUUAUUUGAACAGUGAGAGACAGAAUAACAACAAAAAAAUCCAGAAAAAUGCAUGUCAAAAAUGUUAUAAAUUGAUUUGCAUUUUAAUGAGGGAAAUAAGUAUUUGACCCCCUCUCAAUCAGAAAGAUUUCUGGCUCCCAGGUGUCUUUUAUACAAAUAAUGAGCUGAGAUUAGGAGCACACUGUGGACACCUGUCCACAGAAGCAAUCAAUCAAUCAGAUUCCAAACUCUCCACCAUGGCCAAGACCAAAGAGCUCUCCAAGGAUGUCAGGGACAAGAUUGUAGACCUACACAAGGCUAGAAUGGGCUACAAGACCAUCGCCAAGCAGCUUGGUGAGAAGGUGACAACAGUUGGUGCGAUUAUUCGCAAAUGGAAGAAACACAAAAGAACUGUCAAUCUCCCUCUGCCUGGGGCUCCAUGCAAGAUCUCACCUCGUGGAGUUGCAAUGAUCAUGAGAACGGUAAGGAAUCAGCCCAGAACUACAUGGGAGGAUCUUGUCAAUGAUCCCAAGGUAGCUUGGACCAUAGUCACCAAGAAAACAAUUGUUAACAGACUACGCCGUGAAGGACUGAAAUCCUGCAGUGCCCGCAAGGUCCCCUUGCUCAAGAAAGCACAUAUACAGGCCCAUCUGAAGUUUGCCAAUGAACAUCUGAAUGAUUCAGAGGAGAACUAGGUGAAAGUGUUGUGGUCAGAUGAGACCAAAAUCGAGCUCUUUGGCAUCAACUCAACUCGCCGUGUUUGGAGGAGGAGGAAUGCUGCCUAUGACCCCAAGAACACCAUCCCCACCGUCAAACAUGGGAGGUGGAAACAUUAUACAUUGGGGGUGUUUUUCUGCUAAGGGGACAGGACAACUUCACCGCAUCAAUGGGACGAUGGACGGGGCCAUGUACCGUCAAAUCUUGGGUGAGAACCUCCUUCCCUCAGCCAGGGCAUUGAAAAUGUGUCGUGAAUGGGUAUUCCAGCAUGACAAUGACCCAAAACACACGGCCAAGGCAACAAAGGAGUGGCUCAAGAAGAAGCACAUUAAGGUCCUGGAGUGGCCUGGCCAGUCUCCAGACCUUAAUCCCACAGAAAAUCUGUGGAGGGAGCUGAAGGUUCGAGUUGCCAAACGUCAGCCUCGAAACCUUAAUGACUUGGAGAAGAUCUGCAAAGAGGAGUGGGACAAAAUCCCUCCUGAGAUGUGUGCAAACCUGGUGGCCAACUACAAGAAACAUCUGACCUCUGUGAUUGCCAACAAGGGUUUUGCCACCAAGUACUAAAUCAUGUUUUGCAGAGGGGUCAAAUACUUAUUUCCCUCAUUUAAAAUGCAAAUCAAUUUAUAACAUUUUUGACAUGCGUUUUUCUGGAUUUUUUUGUUGUUAUUCUGUCUCUCACUGUUCAAAUAAAUCUACCAUUAAAAUUAUAGACUGAUCAUGUCUUUGUCAGUGGGCAAACGUACAAAAUCAGCAGGGGAUCAAAUACUUUUUUCCCUCACUGUACUAAUAAAGGAAAUAGAAAGUCUAACAGAACAGAUAAUGGCAAUAAUAACUGUAACAUAGAGGCUCAGAAUAAAUUAGAGGAAAAAGAAAUGGAGAAACUUACUCAAGAAAGAUCAAGUGUAAUAUAUUAUAAAAAUAAAGCAAACUGGAUGGAAUAUGGGGAAAAAUGCACAGAAUUCUUUUUUAAUCUUCAACAUAGGAAUGCUACCAAAAAUAACUUAAUGAAACUGGUUACAAUUGACGGAGUCACCCAUGAUUCACCAAAUUAGGAGGAAACAAAGUACUUUAAGCAUAUGUUUUCUUUUCAGUCGCCUCCAUCUCCUCUAACUGAAGCUACAGUGGGGAAAAAAAGUAUUUAGUCAGCCACCAAUUGUGCAAGUUCUCCCACUUAAAAAGAUGAGAGAAGCCUGUAAUUUUCAUCAUAGGUACACAUCAACUAUAACAGACAAAAUGAGAAAGAAAAAUCCAGAAAAUCACAUUGUAGGAUUUUUAAUGAAUUUAUUUGCAAAUUAUGGUGGAAAAUAAGUAUUUGGUCAAUAACAAAAGUUUCUCAAUACUUUUUUAUAUACCCUUUGUUGGCAAUGACACAGGUCAAACGUUUUCUGUAAGUCUUCACAAGGUUUUCACACACUGUUGCUGGUAUUUUGGCCCAUUCCUCCAUGCAGAUCUCCUCUAGAGCAGUGAUGUUUUGGGGCUGUCGCUGGGCAACACGGACUUUCAACUCCCUCCAAAGAUUUUCUAUGGGGUUGAGAUCUGGAGACUGGCUAGGCCACUCCAGGACCUUGAAAUGCUUCUUACGAAGCCACUCCUUCGUUGCCCGGGCGGUGUGUUUGGGAUCAUUGUCAUGCUGAAAGACCCAGCCACGUUUCAUAUUCAAUGCCUUUGCUGAUGGAAGGAGGUUUUCACUCAAAAUCUCACGAUACAUGGCCCCAUUCAUUCUUUCCUUUACACGGAUCAGUCGUUCUGGUCCCUUUGCAGAAAAACAGCCCCAAAGCAUGAUGUUUCCACCCCCAUGAUUCACAGUAGGUAUGGUGUUCUUUGGAUGCAACUCAGCAUUCUUUGUCCUCCAAACACGUCAAGUUCUAUUAUGGUUUCAUCUGACCAUAUGACAUUCUCCCAAUCCUCUUCUGGAUCAUCCAAAUGCACUCUAGCAAACUUCAGACGGGCCUGGACAUGUACUGGCUUAAGCAGGGGGACACGUUUGGCACUGCAGGAUUUGAGUCCCUGGCGGCGUUGUGUGUUACUGAUGGUAGGCUUUGUUACUUUGGUCCCAGCUCUCUGCAGGUCAUUCACUAGGUCCCCCCGUGUGGUUCUGGGAUUUUUGCUCACCGUUCUUGUGAUCAUUUUGACCCCACGGGGUGAGAUCUUGCGUGGAGCCCCAGAUCGAGGGAGAUUAUCAGUGGUCUUGUAUGUCUUCCAUUUCCUAAUAAUUGCUCCCACAGUUGAUUUCUUCAAACCAAGCUUCUUACCUAUUGCAGAUUCAGUCUUCCCAGCCUGGUGCAGGUCUACAAUUCUGUUUCUGGUGUCCUUUGACAGCUCUUUGGUCUUGGCCAUAGUGGAGUUUGGAGUGUGACUGUUUGAGGUUGUGGACAGGUGUCUUUUAUACUGAUAACAAGUUCAAACAGGUGCCAUUAAUACAGGUAACGAGUGGAGGACAGAGGAGCCUCUUAAAGAAGAAGUUACAGGUCUGUGAGAGCCAGAAAUCUUGCUUGUUUGUAGGUGACCAAAUACUUAUUUUCCACCAUAAUUUGCAAAUAAAUUCAUUAAAAAUCCUACAAUGUGAUUUUCUGGAGAGAAAAAAUCUCUAUUUGUCUGUCAUAGUUGACGUGUACCUACGAUGAAAAUUACAGGCCUCUCUCAUCUUUUUAAGUGGGAGAAGUUGCACAAUUGGUGGCUGACUAAAUACUUUUUUCCCCACUGUAAUUGUAGAUAUUUGUUUUCUAUUGAUAAUGUAAAAUUAACAGCCAUACAGAAAGACUCAUGUGAAGGUGAAAUUACAGAGGAGGAACUUUUGGAUGCAAUUAAAGACUUUAAGUCCGGGAAAACUCCAGGGUUGGAUGGCAUACCAGUCGAGGUAUACCAAACCUGUUUUGAUAUACUAAGAGGACCGUUAUUAGCAUGUUUUAACCUCUCCUAUGUAAAUGGUAGAUUAUCUGACACUCAAGAAAGAAGGUCUGAUCUAUAAAGAUCCAGUCCAUUAAAAAAAUUGGAGGCCCCUUACACUUCAGUGUUGUGAAGGAAAAAUUCUAGCAAAAUGUAUAGCGCAUAGAAUUAAAAAGGUAUUGUCGAAUAUUAUUCAUUCUAAUCAGACAGGUUUUUUACAUGGAAGAUACAUUGGAGAUAAUAUAAGGCAAGUAUUGGAAACAAUAGAACACUAUGGAGAAUAUGGGAAAUCAGGCCUGCUAUUCAUAGCAGACUUCGAAAAGGCAGUUGAUAAAGUACGACUGGGGUUUAUAUAUAAAUGCCUGGAGCAUUUCAAUUUUGGAGAAUCUCUUAUAAAAUGGGUCAAAAUCAUGUAUGGUAACCCUAGGUGUAAAAUAGUAAAUAAUGGCUAUUUCUCAGAAAGUUUUAAACUGUCAAGAGGAGUGAAACAAGGUUGUCCACUAUCGGCAUAUCUAUUUAUUGUGGCCAUCGAGAUGUUAGCUAUUAAAAUCAGAUCCAAUAAUAAUAUCAGAGGAUUAGAAAUCCAGGGCUUAAAAACAAAGGUGUCAUUGUACGCUGAUGAUUAAUGUUUUCUUUUAAAUCCACAACUAGAAUCCCUCCACAGCCUCAUAAAGGAUCUAGAUACAUUUUCUAACCUAUCUGGAUUACAACCAAACUAUGACAAUUGUACUAUAUUACGUAUUGGAUCACUAAAAAAUAAAAAUGUUACAUUACCAUGUAGUUUACCAAUAAAAUGGUCUGAUGUGGAUAUACUCGGAAUACAUAUCCCAAAGGAAAUAAAUGAUCUCACUUCAAUACAUUUUAAUAGAAAGUUAGCAAAAAUAGAUAAGAUCUUGCUACCAUGGAAAGGAAAAUACCUGUCAAUUUGUGGAAAAAUCACCCUGAUUAACUCUUUAGUAUUAUCCCAGUUUACCUAUUCGCUUAUGGUCUUGCCUACGACUAGCGAACAGUUUUUUAAAUUAUAUGAGAAAAAAAUAUUCAAUUUUAUUUGGAACGGCAAGCCAGACAAAAUUAAAAGGGCCUAUUUAUAUAAUGAAUAUGAAUUCGGAGGACAGAAAUUAUUAAAUAUUAAAGCAUCAGACCUAUCACUAAAAGCGUCAGUCAUACAAAAGUUACACUUAAAUCCGAACUGGUCUCACCCAAUGUUCAAGAAUGGCCUUUUUCUCUUUAUUCAGAUUACAACCUCUCAUUUUCAGUUAUCUGAAAAGGAAAUCAUCUCCCAAAUAUCACUAUUUCUAAAACAAGCCAUAGAAAGUUGGUUGCAAUUUCAAUUUAAUCCUCCAGAAACGACAGAACAAAUAAUGCAACAAAUAUUGUGGUUAAAUUCAAAUAUACUAAUUGACAAAAAAACUAAUUUUUUGACAAAUGUUUAAAAAAGGUAUAAUCUUUGUAAAUGAUAUCAUCGGUAGGACUGGUGGAGUUAUGUCGCACAUUCAGCUAACAAAAACAUAUGGCAAUGUCUGCUCUACCCAAAAUUACAACCAAAUAAUUGCAGCCUUACUGCAAAAGUGGAAGGGGGAGAAAGUAAGGAACUUGUCUGUCGGCCUUGCAUUAAAGAACAUAAUUGGUUAAGGAAAACUGUGAUAAAUAAAAAAGUAUAUCAGUUUCACUUAAGGACCAAAGGAUUGACAGCCGUCCCAUAUAAAUUUCAAAAUAGUUGGGAAGAGAUUUUUGACAUACCGAUCCCAUGGCAUAGUGUUUAUGAACUGACACGCAAAACGACACCGGAUUCAAAAAUUAGAAUCUUUCAAUUUAAAUUAUUAUAUAAAAUUCUUGCUACCAAUAGAAUGUUAUUUAUAUGGGGGAUACAAUCUUCCCAGCUCUGCAGAUUUUGCUGCGAAGAGACAGAAUCAUUAGAUCAUUUGUUUUGGUUCUGUCCAUUUGUAGCUUGGACACAGGUCCAGGAAUGGCUAAAGGAUUGCAAUAUUUACCUGGAGCUAACCUUGCAGAUAGCAUUACUGGGUGAUCUGAAAAGUCAUAGUCAAUCGAUCAAUAAUGUAGAAGCAAUGAGAAUAGAAAGGUUCAGAACUUUUGUAAAACAUCACAGUACGGUUGAAAUAUAUAUGGCAAAUAGAAAUCCUAUAUGGAUGGUGUUAAAAGAUAGAUGGGAGGUAUUGAAUGGAGUUGAAGGAUGGGACUAAUAACAAAUAACAAUAAAUAAUAACAAGAUAACUAAUAAUGUAAGCAUACUGUGUCCAUAAUAAGUAUAUAGGUUGUAUGUUGGGAGCUUUUGGGAAAGAGCACAGUUAGAAAGAUAUGGCAUAUAGAAGCAAACCGGAUGGACAUCAUGAAAAUGAUCGCAGAGGUUGAGAGUAGAAGUAGUUCAGGAGCAAAAACAAAUAAAAUAGAAUUCUUGUGAAAUUGAAUGUGUCCAUAAGGUGUAGAUAGUAAGUAUAGGCUGGAAGUAGAGGCCUGGGCAUUGUUGUUCACUAAUUUACCCCAAGUAGGGAAAGGAUGUCGGGGUUUGAAAAGCAAUAAAGGGGAGUAUAUAUAUAUAAGAAAUAUGGGGGAUUGGAAGUGAUGCAGACAAUUACAUUGAUGGAAGUUACAAUCUAUCUGCAAUAUUAAGCUGGUCUACCCCCCCAAAAAAAAAAAAUAAUAAUAAUAUAUAAACAAACAAACAUUCAAAAAUACCAAGUCCAUGUUAUGGCAAGAACAGCACAAAUAAGCAAAGAGAAACGACAGUCCAUCAUUACUUUAAGACAUGAAGGUCAGUCAGUCCGGAAAAUGUCUUCAAGUGCAGUCACAAAAACCAUCAAGCGCUAUGAUGAAACCUGCUCUCAUGAGGACUGCCACAGGAAUGGAAGACCCAGAGUUACCUCUGCUGCAGAGGAUAAGUUCAUUAGAGUUACCAGCCUCAGAAAUUGCAGCCCAAAUAAAUGCUUCACGGAGUUCAAGUAACAGACGCAUCUCAACAUCAACUGUUCAGAGGAGAUUGCGUGAAUCAGGCCUUCAUGGUGGAAUUGCUGCAAAGAAACCACUACUAAAGGAUACCAAUAAGAAGAUGAGACUUGCUUGGGCCAAGAAACACGAGCAAUGGACAUUAGACCGGUGGAAAUCUGUCCUUUUGGUCUGAUGAUUCCACAUUUUGAGAUUUUUGGUUCCAACUGCCUUGUCUUUGUGAGAUGCAGAGUAGGUGAACGGAUGCUCUCCGCAUGUGUGGUUCCCACCGUGAAGCAUGGAGGAGGUGGUGGGAUGGUGUGAGGGUGCUUUGCUGGUGACACUGUCUGUGAUUUAUUUAGAAUUCAAGGCACACUUAACCAGCAUGGCUACCACAGCAUUCUGCAGCGAUACGCCAUCCCAUCUGGUUUGCGCUUAGUGGGACUAUCAUUUUGUUUUUCAACAGGACAAUAAUCCAAAACACCUCCAGGCUGUGUAAGGGCUAUUUGACCAAUGAGAGUAAUGGAGUGCUGUGUCAGAUGACCUGGCCUCUGAAAUCCCCCAACCUCAACUUAAUUGAGAUGGUUUGGGAUGAGUUGGACCGCAGAGUGAAGGAAAAGCAGCCAACAAGUGCUCAGCAUAUGUGGGAACUCCUUCAAGACUGUUGGAAAGCAAUCCUCAUGAAGCUGGUUGAGAGAAUGCCAAGAGUGUGCAAAGCUGUCAUCAAGGCUACUUUGAAGAAUCUCAAAUAUAUUUUGAUUUAACACUUUUUUGGUUACUACAUGAUUCCAUAUGUGUUAUUUCAUAGUUUUGAUGUCUUCACUACUAUUCUACAAUGUAGAAAAUAGUAAAAAUAAAGAAAAACCCUGGAAUGAGUAUGUGUUCUAAACCUUUUGACCAGUAGUGUAUCUUUAUUUUCUUAUUUAUUUAUUUCACCUUUAUUUAACCAGGUAAGCCAGUUGAGAACAAGUUCUCAUUUACAACUGCGACCUGGCCAAGAUAAAGUAAAGCAGUGCGAUUAAAAACAACAACAGAGUUACAUAUGGGGUAAACAAAGUAAAAAAGACAACAAAAUAUAUAUACAGUGUGUGUGAAUGUAGUAAGUUAUGGAGGUAAGGCAAUAAAUAGGCAUAGUGCAAAAUAGUUACAAUUUCGUAUUAACACUGGAAUGAUAGAUGUGCAAAUGAUGAUGUGCAAAUAGGGAUACUGGGGUGCAAAUUAGCAAAAUAAAUAACAAUGCGGGGAUGAGGUAGUUGGGUGGGCUAAUUUCAGCAUCUGACAACGUUUUGAGUUUAACUGUAGCCAAUGUUUUAUUCAUCAUAACAGGAAAAUCAACACAUUACAAGCUAAUUAUUUACAAGUAUGGUGUUAUAAAAAUAGCUAACUUACAGUUGUUAAUAUGAAGAAAUGAACUCGGUGCAUUCUGUCGGUGGAAUGUAGAACUUGAUGGUGCUACGCACAAACAAUGGGACUCUUUGGAAGGGGAUCAUAUAAACAUUGCCAUAUAAAAAAACAACAACUUUGAAUGAGCUCUUCCCCUCUCCUCUCGGCCCUCAGGGUUUAGGAGGUGCCAGGACAGAUUCAUAAGAAGGUCAGGGAACAAUUGUCAAGUUAAAUGUCAAAUCCCACAGAUGCUCUAGGCCAAUCGAUACCUAGACAAGGCAGGGAUGAGGAUAUGGGUCUGGGAAAAAGAGGUGAGGGGAGGGGUGUUUGAAAGGUUGGUGGGGGGGCGAGCCCAGGGGUCAACUGAGGAGCAAAUGCAUAGUCAUGGGUUUAGGAGGUCAAGGGACUGGGAAAUUGUAAAUGUCAGCUUAUACUUACCAUUUAAUGGAGAUUGGUGGGGAGAGCUGUAAGGCAAGGUAGGGAUAUGAUGUCUGGAUAUGAGAUGAAAAAGGUCAGAGCUGUAAAGGAGAGGGAAAAGACUGUGAAAAUAAAUAUUGAUCUGUUUUUCUCGUUUCAUCCGACGAUAUGGACUUGUUAAAAACAGGGAAACCAUUUGUAGUGUAGUCAGACUUCAUCACAAUCAGUACAUCAGUCCAUUCCGCCCGCCUGAACAUGAUUCAUGACAUUUAAUUGUUAGAAUGGAGACAUAGUAGUAAUAAUAAUAGAUUUGAUUUGUAUAGCGCUUUUCAUUACAGCAAGAAUCUCAACAACGCUCAAGUGCAGUGUAUGACAGUGUAUAACCUUGGAAAAAAGAAAUUGAUAUUAUAUCAAGGAUAUUGAAAUUCUUAACAAAUGUACUGAAGAGAAAUGGAAGAAAUGAACUUGGCCUAGUUUGGCCAUGGUGUAUUGAGUUGAUCCGAUUUUUGAGUGUGACAAAAACACCAAAAACACAUUUCAAUACACAUGGGUAACCUAUAUUGCACAUUAUAUUAUUUGCCCAAAUAUUAGAACAUCAAGUCACAAGAAAUAGAAAACUGAUCCAACCAACACAAUGUAAUGUGUACAGUUAUACAACACAUCUACAAAGUCAUUACAUGUAGAUGGAGCACGAGCACCAUAGAAGUUACAUGGUCAUUCAUUAUGGCAGUUAGUGCGAACAGAUGCUAUGUUUUUGUGCAGGGUAAUUCAGAAAUCACUGAAAGCCAUAAAAUCAAAAUUCUUGUAAUUCUGUCUACUGCUCUGUAAAGGUAUUGAUCCAUCUAGCUCUAGUUAUUACCCCUGUCUCUCAGACAAAGUACAAACACAUAUUCUCAAUCACACCACAAAAUAAUAGUUAUAUUAGUUUGUUUUCCUGUUCAGCUUCAGCACACUGAGUAAACCUUAGAAUUGAAUAACACACUUUGAUGUCAUACAAACCCUGUUUUGUUUAGAUAUGCAGUCUGAUGUUUGUAUCGUUGUGGCUCUGUGACUUUUCCUUGUGAUGUUUGUAUAGGCAGCAGACACACACACACACACACCAAGGUCUUUACCUGCAAUACUAAUCCCUGCUAUGCCGUUCCAGACCCCCGCCUGGCCGUGCUCAGUAGGCUCCUAACGAUUGAUUCCCCUUUGUCCCUGGAGCUGUUUCAGCUAUUACAGUCUCUCUCCAGCCCCAGAUAAACACACAGAUAGACCACAACUCUCGCCCUGCUUUCUCCCCCUCUUUCCAGACAGUUUUUUUAUGGGAUGUGUGAAUGACAAUCUCUCCAUCUCUCUCCCUUUUUCCUCUAUCUUUCUCUCCUCUCUUUUUCUCCCCAUUCCCCUCUCUCGCUCUCCCCCUCUCUCUGCAGAGAAACAGCUAACAGUGGGGAACUGUCUAGGUGUGCUGGCCAUGGCUGAAGCUAUGAGAUGUACAGAGCUCCACAACAUGGCCAAAGCCUUCGCGCUGCAGAACUUCCCUGAGGUAGGUGGAUUUAAUGGAUGGAUGAGUGAAUUUUUAAACCUAAAAAUAAUCUACCACACUGUGUAUCUGUGUGAAAGGUCUUUAUCUGCAGUACUAAUCCCUGCUAUCCCGUCCCAGUCUACCGUAACACCUGCCACACAUGAUAAAAACAGUGCAUGAACUCCAGGAUUUUCAUCCCAAUCAAGUGUCAACCCUCUGUGCUCUAGGUGGCGGGGCAGGAGGAGAUUCUGUGUGUGACUAAGGAGGACCUGGUGGCCUACCUGUCUAAUGACAGCCUCACCACCAAGGCUGAGGAACUGGUCUACGAGACCGCCAUCAAGUGGAUCAAACAAGACCCCACCGCCAGAGUUCAGGUAAGGCGGGGCGGGGGGGGAGGAGAGGAGGGAGCUAGUGGUAACAAGGUAGGAGUGAUUCAAUUUUUACUGGUCCAUUUUCACCAUGUUCAUUCAGCGUUUAUGGGUACUGUAUGGCCUGGUUUGAUGUGGUAAUGCCAUAUAGCCCUCUGAUCUAACCUGGUUAAUCAGGACUUAAUGCUGUUCUGACAACACCAUCUGUCUACAGUAUCAUCACACAUACACACACACACCAACCAUUACCCCAUACAGUACGUCCUGGUUUCAUUUUUGUGCUGAUCAUGUCUCAUCUCUGUAUCUGUUUUCUACACCAGAAUCCCUCCUAUCUG